GUUGAACCAAAAUAAUUAAAAACUAGCGAGUUUCACCCCUUCGUUCCUACUUUUUAUUUUAUUAUAUUUUUUUCGCUAAUUUUUUUCUGAAAUCCAAAAAAGUUGCAUCUAAUAAAACCAGAACCCCAAAAUUAAUCGCAUUUCUUUCUCUUUGAAGUUUUUCUUUCUGAUCGAGUAACGACGUCGCGCCGAUUCUUUUAUGGCGAUGGCAAAUGCAUCUGGUGAAACCACAAAAAUAUGCAGUCACUGUGACAGAUAUAUCCCAUCUUCAAAUAUUGACUUGCAUUUUGUACAUUGCUCCCGGAACCUAGAAAGAUGUAAAGAAUGUGGUGAUAUGAUUCCAAAAAAGCAUGCUGAGGAGCAUUUCUUAAACACCCAUGCUCCGGUGGCCUGUUCUCAGUGCAGUGAGACAAUGGAACGUGAAAUUUUAGCAAUUCAUAAAGGUGAAAAUUGUCCACAAAGGAUUGUAACAUGUGAGUUCUGUGAAUUUCCGCUGCCUGCUAUUGAUCUCGCUGAGCAUCAGGAAGUUUGUGGGAAUCGUACAGAACUGUGUCAUCUUUGUAACCGAUAUAUUAGACUGCGGGAAAGAUACAACCAUGAAAUUAGGUGCACAGGUGUCCCGGAAAAUGUUGUGGGACCUUCCAGGAGUGUGGGGGCAGCUGAGAGAGACCAAGGCCCUCAGAGGAGGCCACCAAAUGACUUUUCGCGGAAACGACUCCUACUUACCAUUGCAAUCACAGGCAUUGCUGUUCUAUUAGGAUCUCUUUUUUUCCAUAGAAAGACGGAGAGCAGUCAAGUGCAUUAGCAGAGUAGAGGAUACACAUUGGGGUAUGUAAAUCAGCUACAAAACAAUGUAUUCCAUUUAUCUGUAUUGAAAUAUGUCGUAGAGCACACUGAUGUUACUGUAUUAAACUCAUCGGGUUGUAAUAAUAUGUUGAACAGCUAUGCAAUAGUUUAUUUCGAGCUUUA